CGACUCUACUCGGCUAGCGCACCUUGAUAUUCCAACACAUUGGUCCUCGCACACUAACUCAGUCAACGACGGAGCUCACCUGGAGGUGACAGGUAACAUCUUGGGUACGACUGUCAAACUGUCAUCGCGGUGAGUAAGCAAAAAGAUUCUAUUCGUCCCAGUGUAGGAAGCCAAUUGCUAAAAGUAUAUUCAUCUAAGUUAAUUACAUUAAAUUAAUUGAAUUUAAAAUUAAUCUAAACUAGUGCCUAAAAGUGCCUUAAAAUCUACCUUAUUUCUACAUAUAAAAACGGUAAGAAUUUAAUCUGAAGUUACUUUAAAAUUACUACUUACAUUACUCUUAAAAUUAGGUUAACAUAAUAGCCAGCUCACUAGCAGAAUUCUCCAUUCGCUCCUUGCUACGAUUCGCUUAUCGACCAAAAACCUGUCAGAAUUCCCUGAUCGUAUUCGAAUAGACGAGAGGCAGAAAAGGACUAAACGUGAGUAAUUUAAAUAUGAAAUUAUAAUGCGCAUACCAUACAAUAUUUAUACUUACACAUAUGAGUUAUAUAUGUAUAUUUAGUUACGGUCUACUUAUCUAAACUUAUAACUAUGCGAAAAUGCGAGAUAAAAUUACAGUAGAACUUAUUGUUUUCUCGAUAGGAAAAUUAUAAUCUCCCGUUACAAAACCCGAGCGUUUUAUUGGGGAUUACGAUUCCGGAAACUACCUUCUGUCAAACGGUUGACCAAAGUCAACAAAUUAUAAUUUUCGUUUACGCGAAUAUCUACGUUUAAUUCUCGGGUAUGUCGAACCGAAAUAGAGCCAAACAGAGUGGAAAAAGCACUUCAGAGGGUGCCAAAGAUAAUGCUACUGGGGCGUGGCUAAAACCUGUAGGAAGGGGUGUGUCGGACAGUGGAAAAGUGUGUGGUAGUGGUAAAAUUGGACAGGUGGCCUUGAAAGUUCCAAGGGAUAAGCAGUUCGAUGAUAUUGUACCCGGCUGGGCGUGUAAAAUCUGCCAGGGAGCGGAUACCGAAGAUAUGGUACAAUGCGAUGUUUGCGAUAAGUGGCAUCAUUAUGAGUGUGUUGGAGUAGCAGAUGAUAUUGCGAACGUGAGCUGGAGGUGUCCCAACUGCGUAGCUGAAAGGGAGUACCAGCGUAAGCUGCAGCCGAUCCCAAAAUAUGCAGGUGGUCUAGAGAAAUCGUCUAAACAAAAUCAAACCGGUGGUGAUUCGGUUAUGCCUGCGGUCCCGAAGAUUAAUGCGCCGAUUGGAUUACCCAUCGCAGUAGGUGUGGCGGGCCUCUCGAUUUCGUCUGGACGAAAUCCAAUAGUUUCCAAAAUGGUUGCGGCAUUGGAGGUCAAGCAGUUUAAACACAGUCAAUCUGUUACGUUGCCGGUGCAUCCCAAUUCGGACACGAAGGCGACUAUAUUGGCGAAUAGAGCACGGUCAGCAACUUCACAAUCGUGCUCGAUAAAGUCGCUCUUGAAGCUAGAACUUCAAAAAUUAGAAGAGGAGCGGGCUUUCGAACAACAGGAGGCGGAGAGGCGUAGAAUGCUGGAGCAGGAGGAAGCAAAAAGACGACGAGAUUUUGAGCUGCGUGAAGCGGAGAAGUAUCGUGAAUACAUCAAGAAGAAGUAUGCUCUACUUGAAGAAAUGUCGAACCGGUCUGAUUCAAGUCGCAGCGAGGCGGCGAGCAGAGUUGAUGAUUGGGUAAACAGCGUAAAUAUUCUGCAACAAAGAGGGAGGAAAGUUACUCAGACCGCUGGCGGCUUCAAUCCACAGCGACACUCUACUCAGCAUCAAUUCACGUUUCCGGACCAUGAUGAUAUUCCCCGAAGUAAUGCACCAGCCGUAGGUUCCAUUAUUGGAAGCGCAUGUAACGUUCGAAAUGAUUCAAUGGUGCCGGCCGACCGAACCCGUUCCCGUUCCGAUUCUACAAUACACGGUAGCGAACAUCCGCUCACGCGAUCCGUACAAAUGACGCAACAAGUUAGUCGGUUGCCAGUAGACGAAGAAGACGACACGGACUUUUGCCAGCUCAGCAAGAAACAGUUGGCCGCACGUCAAGCGAUUUCAAAGGACCUGCCUGUCUUUUCGGGUAAACCAGAAGAGUGGCCCAUUUUUAUUUCAGUCUACAAUAGUACUACGGCUAUGUGUGGAUUCUCAGACGAAGAGAACAUCAUCCGGCUUCAAAGGUGCCUGAAGGGGAAAGCUUACGAGGCGGUACAAAGUCGACUGUUGUAUCCAUCCAACGCUUCCGGUGUGAUUGCAACAUUGCGAAUGCUUUAUGGACAACCAGAGGCUAUCGUCAACUCGUUGAUAGGGAAAAUCAACGCACUUCCCCCACUGCGGGAAGAUAAGCUGGAAACAAUCGUAGACUUUGCUGUGAACGUGCAGAAUUUCUGUGCAACAGUUGACGCCUGCGGUAUUGCAGACUAUAUGUAUAACAUUUCUCUGCUACACCAACUUGUUAGCAAGCUUCCGCCGACCAUCAAGUUGGAUUGGGCGCGAUACCGGCUGACUCUGUCUACUGUCAAUCUAGCGACGUUUGGAGAUUGGGUGUACUCAUUGGCGGAGGCAGCCAGUGCAAUAACUAUCCCAUCGGUUAUGAUGGAGUCCAAGCCAGCACGUUUCGAGGCUAGAGCGACUAAAAGGGAAAGUGCCUACCUUAAUGCCCAUGCCGAAACGUCACGCCAAGCUUCUGCAUCCCUGCACACACUUCAGUCCAGUGCAAAUGUGAAACGAUCGUUCGAUAAUAGUUGCCCCAUCUGCAAAGGUAGCUGUAACGCAGUCGCCAAAUGUAAGCGCUUUCAGGAGCUGUCCCGGGAUUCACGAUGGGCCGCAGUGCGAGAAUUCGAUUUAUGUCGCAGAUGUCUCCGCAAACACGUUAGGGACGGCUGCACUGCUAAACUAUGCGGAAAAAACGGUUGUACGCGGAUGCAUCAUGAACUACUGCACAACGAUCAAAAGGACGAUUCGCCUGCCACGAUUACAUCGCCGGAGUUGCCUACGGAGAAGCAGAGUGGUGAACCAUCCCAUGGAUGUAACAUACAUCAUUCCAACUCUAGUGCCGUGUUGUUCCGAUACCUUCCGGUUGUGUUACACGGCAAACACCGGUCGAUUCGUACGUAUGCUUUCUUCGACGAGGGGUCAGAGUUAACACUACUCGACCAGGAACUUUCAGAAGAGUUGAUGCUGGAAGGAAAUGUGCAACCGUUGUGUCUGAGAUGGACCGGAGGCUCCCAACGAAAUGAGACGAACUCCCGAGUCGUCAGCCUGGAAGUAUCAGGAAUACAAAAUUCUGCCAAAAAAUUCAAGCUCAACAGCGUGCGCACUGUUGAAAGCCUACUUUUACCGCACCAAACGCUCGACACGGAGGAAUUGGCGCAACUCUACCCGCAUAUCCGCGGACUGCCCAUUGAAUCAUAUAGCGACGCAAGACCACGUAUACUGAUCGGAAUGAAGCACCUAGGAGUCAGUGUAGUGCUUAAGACCAAAGAGGGUGGAUACGAUGAACCAAUUGCAGUAAAAACACGGCUAGGAUGGACCGUUUGUGGCGGAUGGAAGCUGCAUGAAACCCUUGCUGCUGGACAAUGUGCGUUUCAUGUGUGUGUAGAUGCAGAACACUCCGACGAGAACUUGCAUCAAGCCGUGAAGGCUUAUUUCGCAAUGGAUAGCCUAGGCAUCACAAAAUCCGACAAGGUUAUUCUAUCUUCCGAAGAUCAACGUGCUGAGAAUAUCUUGAAGUCUCGUACCCAACUUGUUGGCAAUCGCUAUGAAACUGGUCUACUUUGGCGCUACGAAGAUAUCCGUCUACCUGAUAGCCGUGAAAUGGCUCUUCGUCGACACCAAAGCCUUAUUACACGAAUGGACAAAGACCCGUUCUUAGCGGAGGCACUCCAACAGAUGAUUUCCGACUACGUUGCGAAAGGGUAUGCAAGGAAACUUAGCGACGACGAACUCAAACAAACGUUUCCGCGCGUCUGGUAUCUUCCAGUGUUCCCGGUAACAAACCCGAAUAAGCCCGGAAAAGUGCGAUUGGUUUGGGACGCAGCGGCCAAAAGUUUCGGGAUCUCAUUGAACUCCGUUCUGCUAAAAGGACCAGAUCACCUUUGCUCGUUAUUUGCUAUCCUGCUUCAAUUUCGAGAAGGACGAAUAGGUCUAGCUGGGGACGUGCGCGAGAUGUUCCACCAGAUACGUAUCCGUGACGAAGACCAACAGUGCCAACGCUUUUUCUGGACCGACAAGGACGGCAAUUUGGCGACCUACGUCAUGAGCGUGAUGACGUUCGGUGCCUGCUGUUCGCCUAGCAGCGCGCAGUAUGCGAUGACUUUAAACGCUGAACGAUUUUCUCACGAGUUUCCUACAGCGGCGAAGGUUAUAAUAAAGCGACACUACGUUGAUGACAUGCUGGUUAGCACUAAUUCGGAACAAGAUGCCAUUCGUAUUGCAGAGGACGUGCACUAUGUACACUCUCGAGGUGGUUUUGAAAUCCGCAACUGGAUCAGUAAUUCCAAACGGGUCUUGGGGUGUUUAAAACAAGAUAAGACCCACGAGAAAAAUCUGGAUCUCUCGCCCGAAUUGUCCACCGAGAAAGUGCUUGGGAUGUGGUGGUGUACGGAAAAGGAUGUUUUCACUUACAAGGUUGGAUGGAACCGUUAUGACAGCGCCUUAUUGUCAGGUCAACGAUGCCCCACGAAACGUGAGGUCCUCCGUGUGCUUAUGACGAUCUUCGAUCCCCUUGGUUUGAUCGCUCACUACCUUAUGUAUCUUAAAGUUCUGCUGCAGGAUAUCUGGCGUUCCGGUACCCAAUGGGACGAAGAAAUCAAUGACGAUUCGUACAACAAAUGGAAAAUUUGGUUAGCAGUCCUUCCGCAAGUCGAGCACGUUCAGGUUUCACGUUGCUAUCAACUACGUACACCUCCAGUUGAUAGCGUGGAAUCUUCAUGUUUCAGGAUUGAUCACUCAACUUUAAGCUGUGCCAACCAACCUCGGAACAUCAAUCCAUCAAUCCAAAACGACAAUGGACAAACACGGUCUUCGAAGGAUGCCGUCGAAGUACAACUGCAUACUUUCGUAGAUGCUAGUGAGAAUGGGAUGGCGGCCGCAGUGUACCUCCGUUUCAUGCAUGCUGGAGAAGUUGAAUGCCGCCUCGUAGCAGCCAAAACCAAAGUGGCUCCAUUGAAGUACCACUCUAUCCCUAGGCUGGAGCUUCAGGCGGCUGUAAUUGGUGCUAGGCUUGCUCAAUCAAUCGAAGAGACACUUUCUAUACCAAUCAACAGGCGUAUUUACUGGUCAGACUCCAGAGAUGUGCUGUGCUGGAUACGCUCAGAUCAUCGCAGAUACUCGCAAUUCGUCGCCUGCCGUGUAAGUGAGAUUCUUGAAACUACCGAUGAAAGGGAAUGGCGAUGGAUCCCAACCAAGCUUAACGUUGCAGACGACGGAACUAAGUGGGCGAGACAGCCAGAUCUAACUCCAGAAGCAAGGUGGUUCAAUGGUACCGAGUUUCUGAAAUGCCCAGAAGUCGAUUGGCCACAUUCAACGAUUGUGACUAACGCUACCGAGACCGAGCUCCGUCACCGUUUACUAUUUCACCACAUUGAACCAACACCAAUCAUAAGCGUCGUCGAUUUCUCUAGCUGGAAGCGAUUAGUCCGUGUAGUUGCACUUGUCCAGCGUUUUCUGGCUAACUGCCGCCGCAAACUACAACGCGAGCGAAUCCGCACAGCACCACUUUCCAUGGAAGAACAACGUGGUGCCGAGGAGUAUAUCCUGCGUCUUACUCAGCGUGAAGCGUUUCCCGUAGAAGUGAAUUUACUUAAUGAGUGCCCUCAAAAACCACUUCCCAAAGUGAGCCAACUGUACCAACUGACACCAUGGUUGGAUGACCGCGGCAUAAUGCGGAUGCGAAGUAGGAUUGCUGCUUGCGAUUUCGCUACGGAGGAUGCUAAAAGUCCAAUACUUCUUUCUCGUAAUCACCACAUAACCACUCUUAUUUUGCAACACUACCACAACAAAUACCACCACCAAAAUCAUGAAACCGUGAUCAACGAGAUACGGCAAAAAUUCUACAUUUCCCGAAUCCGUGUCUGCUAUCGAACAAUACGCAGUAACUGUCAACGCUGUAAGAACGAAGCCUCAUUGCCACGGAACCCAAUCAUGGCUGAUCUUCCUGCAGCCAGACUAGCUGCAUUUUCCCGACCCUUUACACACGUGGGCGUAGAUUAUUUUGGCCCAGUAGAAGUCGCCCUUGGAAGACGAGUGGAAAAACGCUGGGUUAUGCUUGCCACCUGCUUGACAGUUCGCGCAAUCCACCUCGAAGUAGUCCACUCACUUACCACUGAUUCGUGCAUCAUUGCCCUUCGAAAUUGCUUUGCGCGGCGUGGUUGUCCCAGGAAAAUUUAUAGUGAUCGGGGUACAAACUUCGUUGGAGCCAGUAAGCAGCUAAAAAAGCUAGUUGAGGAGAUAGAUCAGGAAAUGAUCACAAAGGAGUUUAUAAGCCCCGAUACUGAGUGGGUAUUUAAUCCGCCGUUGGCGCCACAUAUGGGCGGAAGCUGGGAGCGUCUCAUACGCACUGUAAAAAACAAUUUAAUGGCCAUCUGUCCAUCACGAAAGCCGACUGAUGAAGUGCUCCGCAACUUGCUUACAGAAAUCGAAAACACUGUAAACUCUCGUCCUUUGACACAUGUUCCAAUUGAUGACGAUUCCGCACCCGCUCUUACCCCGAACCACUUCUUGCUGGGAACCUCGAAUGGUAUGAAGCCACUUUGUCUGUUGGACGAUAGUGGUGCUGCGCUCCGACAAAAUUGGCGUACAUCUCAGAUUCUCGCGAACCGAUUUUGGAAGAGGUGGCUAUCCGACUACCUGCCAGAAAUUACUAGGAGGACAAAAUGGUUCGCCCAUACGGAACCAAUCGUUGUUGGUGACGUUGUGGUCAUCACUGACAACAAACUACCCCGGAAUUGCUGGCCCAUCGGAAAGAUUAUCCAGACGCAUGCUGGCAAGGAUGGCCAGAUACGAUCGGCUACAGUGCGGACAGCUGUAGGCGUGUACGAGCGACCCACUUCGAAGUUGGCUGUGUUGGACGUUCGGCGCGAGAAGUAG